AUGUCCUCUCUCGCCACCGCCAUCUUUGGCGACAAUGUCAACCUCUCCAUCGCAUCCCUGCCCUUGACCAUCAUCCUCUCCGCCCUCCCCCACUGGUACACCAUCUACCUCGCCAGCGCCAACAAGGUGCAAGGCGGCUGGACCAACCAAAACCCACGCGCCUUCGUCGCGCGGCUCAAUGCCAAAGCUGCAAGCGGCAAGAAGCUAAGUGACCUCGAGGACACGAUUUUGCGCGGACAGGCCGCACAGCAGAAUGGAUUCGAGUGGUGGGGUAUGUGGGCGGUUGCUGUGGUGUUUGGUUACCUGAUGAAGGAACCGAAGGCGUCGAUGGAUCGAUACACUAUUAUCCACGUUGCGUCGCGUAUUGUGUACAAUAUCCUCUACGUCUCGACGCGCAGAAGGAAGUACAGUUAUCUCCGCACUGCGGCUUUCCAGAUCGGCCUCUACCCGGCCAUGGCUAUCUUUUGCAGGGCAGCCAAAGUGCUGGCUUAA